GUUUGGUGUCUAACGCUUUGAGAUUAAACCUCCGCUGUGGACUCUGCGAAGACUGCACAAAGUAUUGUAAGGCUUCUCCCGUCUGUGAUUGGAAAGCCUGAUGUGGGGAUCUCUUCAGGAAACCCGGAGCUGCACCUCCCCACCUUAGCAAUUCGGGUACUCUUCUAGAUCCACGUUGGGAAAAAAAAAAAACAGAGAGAAACUAAAAGUGAGGCGAUUCUACAGAUCGCCGGCUGCUCUGGAGUAACAAAAGGACCCGAGUUGCCGGCCAGCCGAGUACUCACUCCUGGGAACCAGGUUCAGAGCUGACAAGGUGCCCUGCCGCACUCAUUUGUGGUCUUCCAACUACUUCACGUAACCCUUUUCCCGCCCCCUCCCCUCUCAUCUUCCUUUUAAAUUCGUGACACCGAGGCGCCUGCAGCCGCACUCGCCUGCGACUUAUCUCGCCAGCGGGUUUUUUUGUUUGUCGUGUGUGCUCCCCACACUCAUGAACAUACACAGGUCUACCCCCAUCACAAUAGCAAGAUAUGGGAGAUCGCGGAACAAAACCCAGGAUUUCGAAGAGCUGUCGUCUAUAAGGUCCGCCGAGCCCAGUCAGAGUUUCAGCCCGAACCUCGGCUCCCCGAGCCCGCCCGAGACUCCGACCUUGUCGCAUUGCGUUUCUUGCAUCGGGAAAUACUUAUUGUUGGAACCUCUGGAGGGAGACCACGUUUUUCGUGCCGUACAUCUGCACAGUGGAGAAAAGCUGGUGUGCAAGGUGUUUGAUAUCAGCUGCUACCAGGAGUCCCUGGCCCCGUGCUUUUGCCUGUCUGCCCAUAGCAACAUCAACCAAAUCACUGAAAUUAUCCUGGGGGAGACCAAAGCCUAUGUGUUCUUUGAGCGGAGCUAUGGGGAUAUGCAUUCCUUCGUACGCACUUGCAAGAAGCUGAGGGAGGAGGAGGCGGCCAGACUGUUCUAUCAGAUCGCCUCUGCGGUGGCCCACUGCCAUGAUGGUGGUCUGGUGCUGCGGGAUCUGAAGCUGCGAAAAUUCAUCUUUAAGGAUGAAGAAAGGACUCGGGUCAAGCUAGAAAGCCUGGAAGAUGCCUACAUUCUGCGAGGAGAUGAUGACUCCCUCUCUGACAAGCAUGGUUGCCCAGCUUACGUAAGCCCAGAGAUCUUGAACACCAGUGGCAGCUACUCGGGCAAAGCAGCUGACGUAUGGAGCCUGGGAGUGAUGCUGUAUACCAUGUUAGUAGGGCGGUACCCUUUCCAUGACAUUGAGCCCAGUUCCCUCUUCAGCAAGAUCCGUCGUGGCCAGUUCAACAUUCCAGAGACUCUGUCACCCAAGGCCAAGUGCCUCAUCCGAAGCAUUCUGCGGCGGGAGCCCUCAGAGCGGCUGACCUCCCAGGAAAUUCUGGACCAUCCUUGGUUUUCGACAGAUUUUAGCGUCUCGAAUUCAGGAUAUGGUGCUAAGGAAGUAUCUGAUCAGCUGGUGCCGGAUGUCAACAUGGAAGAGAACUUGGACCCUUUCUUUAACUGAGUUCCAGCCCUCCAGAGACUAGGCAUUUUGCAGGUACCAGGAGCGAAAGAGAGCAUCGGGAAGGAGUUCUUCCGAGGAAGAACACACAUCGCCCACUUGGUAGCAAGAAAGACAUUUAUACUCACAGUUUCUUGGUUCAAAGAAGGAAAACCUUCAAGGAGCUGACUAAACAUGUAGCAUGGGGGCAAGAGACACAUGGUGGGAUUGGGCUGUGUGGUCAGGUCGUGUCUGAUGGGUGGAAUUAAAGCUGCAGGAACCACCCUGGAGCUUCUCUUCCCGGAUGGAAACUAAGAGACCACCCCUGCCGGUUGGGCUGCUUCCGCCUGCCCCACUUAUUGUUUUGUUCAAAAAUAGUUGUAGAUCCUGACAGAAUGGAAACUCUCUGCCUCAAACACACAUCUUGGCAUCGCACUGUUAGCAUUUAACUUCUUGUCAUGAUUCAGGGCAGGUACAAUUGGCCAAGGAUUUUUUUUCUUCUUCUUCUUUUUAAAACAAGCCAACCACCUAUCUGGUCAUUAAUGGGGUUCAUUUAAAAUAAUUCGGUGCACACAGACUGACACGCAACCUGGGUGCUAAACUAAAAGAAAACAAAAAGUCCAGUUUGUGUCUCUCUUAAUUGCUCUCAUCAGAUCAUUUCUUCUAAAUAAACUAUUUAAUAUCCUG